UGGUAGUACAAAUAUUUUCUUCUCUCCAGUCCAAAGCAUCUGCAUGAGUUCCAUGGAAGGACCCCUGAAGAGUUACACUCCCUUGCUCGGAAAAAAACUUGGUAUAAAUAACUGGAAUCUGAGCCCAUGCAAGACUUUGCUGCUCCUCACUCACUAUGAAGAAUAUUGCACAACUCUUUUCUGCAGUAGUACCACUGCUGCUGCUCCUGUUCUCUGAUAAAGGGUUUUGUAUCCAGAGGCUUGAUUGCCAAUGGGCAGCUUUUGGUGACUGGUCAGAGUGUGAUGGCUGCACCAAAUUACAGACCAGAAGCAGAUCCAUGGCCGUAUUUGCUCAGUUUGGUGGAAACCCCUGCCAAGGAGGUCGCACUGAGACCAGGUCAUGUGAAACCACAAAAGGCUGCCCUCUUGAGGACGGAUGUGGAGACUGGUUUCGCUGUGGAUCAGGGAAGUGUGUGAGUCGGUCCUUGUUGUGUAAUGGGGAUCCGGACUGUGAGGGAGAUGGCCUUGACGAACGUGUCUGUGAAAUAAAAAAAUACAUUACAUGCUCACUAUCAACUCCACCCCCAAACACUGACCACCUAGGACUUGGGUUUAAUGUGGUAACAGGAAAGUGGAGGGCCAGUGUUAUCAAUACAAACAGCAAUGGGGGCCAGUGUCGCCUAACUUUCAGUGGUGUCCACAACACUUUCUACAGACUGCCUCUCAGUACUAUCAAAUACAGCUUUGUGGUUACAGCUCAGAACGACUUCAGUGAUGAGAUGUACACCAGUAGAUGGCACUAUGCAAAGGACGAGGUCAAAAGAGAAACAGUAACCGGGACUACAUCAGGAUAUAGCAACUAUGACUUUCACCAAACAGAAGACAAGUCUGAGACACACAAACUUGUGGUUUUGAAGAACAACAUUGAGGUAGCUCAAUUCCAGAGCAACUCUCCAAAGUACCUCCCCAUAUCCGAAGAAUUUUGGAAGGCACUGGCCAAACUCCCAUCAGUCUAUGACUAUUCUGCAUACAAGAAAGUUCUGGAGAGGUUUGGAACACACUACAUGUCUGAGGGAACCCUCGGAGGCUCCUUCAAAGUCGUCAUGAGCAUUGAUGAAACAACUGAAAGAAGCAUGUACAGACAGAGCUCGCAGUAUGAUGAAUGUGAAAGGACCAAACGUUGGUUUCUUAUAUUCCCCAUCACAACAGAGAGCUGCAGGAGUGGUCAAUCUCAACAAAAAGAUCAAUCCUCCAAUUCACAUUCAAAUCUGGUGAACAAAGUGGAUGUGGUGGGUGGUGGCGUUGAAUACAUAGCAGUACUGCAGAGACUGGAGCUGAAUGACCCAGACAAGAACUGGGAAAUGUAUUCAAACUGGGCUGACUCUAUUCGGUCGUUUCCAAGGGUCACCAAAAAAAAGCUGCGGCCCAUAUCAGAGCUGGUGAAGGAGGUUCAGUGUGCUGGUGUGAAGAAACUUUACCUUCGCAGGGCCAUAGAGCAGUACCUUGCUGAGAGCGACCCCUGCCACUGCCGGCCCUGCAGCAACAAUGGCAUGGCUGUAUUGAAUGGUGCUACAUGCCUGUGUAUCUGCAAGGGUGGCACAUCAGGAGCGGCCUGUGAGCAGGGAACAGAAGCAGAGGCUCAGCAGGGAGUGAUCCAUGGAAGUUGGACCUGCUGGACUGCCUGGUCCUCAUGCUCUGGGGGUCGAAGGUCAAGGAGUCGCUCAUGUUCCAAUCCCACUCCUCAGAAUCAGGGACAACACUGUAAUGGAGAAGCUACUCAGACAUCUGACUGUGAGGAUCAGGACCUGCAGUACUUACGAACAAUGGAGCCUCAGUGCUUUGAUCACACUCUUGCAGCAAUUGAGAGAUGUGGAACGCCACCAGCACUGGUCAAUGGCUACAUCCUGGAUCCUAAGGACUUUUACCUUGAGGAUAGUAGAGUGGAGUACACCUGCACUGAUGGUUUUUAUCUUGUUGGUGCUACCACCAUAAAAUGCAAUGCUGAUCAGACCUGGUCUCCAGGUCCUGGACUGUGCACAGUAACUAGGUGCACACUAGAGUCUCUCGCCGAAGAUGUCAUCGCUUCACCAUUUUAUCAGAACUAUUACAUUGGGGAUAUAGUCACUUUGUCCUGUCCGGCAGGGAAACAGCUGGUAGGAGAGGCAAAUACUUUCUGUGACCCCAGCACUAAUUUCUCACCUGACCCUGCAAACAGCAAAUGCAUUCCUGUAGGUCAGCCACAAAAUCCCAAUUUUCCCACGUUGCAAUGUCAACCAUGGGAGAAGUCUAUCAGAGGAACAUGUGUCUGCAAAAUGCCCUUUGAGUGCAGUUCAUCUCUGGAGAUGUGUGGGACUUCUCUUGUGACUGGAAAAUCUGUUCUCCUAACUGUGUGCAAAAUGCACGCACUGCAGUGUAUGGGGAAGAAUUACACAAUAACUGAGGAGAGCGCCUGCAACUGGCCAGAGCGCACCACAAUAGGCUGCAACAACUGUCACACGUGGGAGACCUGUGAUGAUCAAACAAAUGAAUGCCGCUGUAAGGACUCUGCAGAUUGCUCCAUACCAGGAUUACAAGUCUGUAUCCAUGUAGGGGAGGAUGACAGUACAGCACCUCAGACCAUGAGUGAGUGUGAAGCAGGACUGAAAAGAUGUAAAGGAGAAAAGGUGUCAGUGCUCAGUAUUGUGCCUUGUGUUGCCUGAAGUUGAAGGAUGUGACCUGAUGACUGGUUAAUGUCCUCUAAAUAUUUAUGCAACAUAAUACUCUCCCAGAGAACUAUUAGUGUCAUCUCUUUUGUACAUUGUAAAAGUACAUUAUUGCAUGCAUAUAAAUAUAAUGUAAAAAUGCAUGACUAAAAAUAAAUUGCACAGUACAUAA